ACACUGAUGGAGUAAGAGAGAGAAGUUGUAGUACGCUCCAGUAUUCAUCAGAGAGAACAGUACCAAUGGCGGAAUCUCCCAACAAGUUGCUCAACCCAUCAGGGCUGCUUCUCCAUUUCCAGAAACUCGGUCUCGAGCUCAAAUGCCCUCUCUGCCUAAACCUGCUUAACAGGCCUGUUUUGCUCCCAUGCGAUCACGUCUUUUGCGGUUUAUGCAUAACGAGAUCGUCAGAGGCUGUGUCCGAGUGUUCUGUGUGCAAACAACCGUACGCUGAUCGAGAUGUAAGACCAGCACCCUACAUGGAAAGUUUGGUUACCAUCUAUAAAAGCUCACAUGCAACUUUCAGCAAUACUGGAAGGGUGACACAACAGUCCCCUCCUCCAAUAAACACUUUUGUUGAUAACGGAUUGAAGGAGUUACCUGAAACACCUCAAGAUGGAAAUUCGAGCAACCGGUCAUUGACAAUGGCUGAACGACUUCAGGCUCUAAUUAACCAAUCUGUUGAAGGCAGGAGUAAGUUGACACAGAAAUUUGAAUCUGACAAAUCAACUCCGCCAAUCUCUAGUAAGGAGCAAUGUGGAAAGUUUGAAGAGCCUGAAACAGAGGGAAUGAAUGUAAACCAUGUCUUGAAGUCGUCACCGGGACCUCCUUCCUUUGAUUUCAGAGUCAGAGAAGAUGACCCCGGUGAUCCUGUCAGCAGCACUUUUGUUGCUGAAUUGAAGUGUGGAUUGAUAUUUUCGCAGAGUACGCGAAAACAUCCAGCUGAGACUAUGGGAUUAGUCGAGGACAACUCUGAUAAGAGAGGAGGCGAAACGAAUAACAGUACUUCACCUGGAACCCCAGAAAGUGAUGCCAGGGACAGCAAAAGACGAAAGAAAUCAAACCACGGGUCCUUUGAUACGGAAAUGAAAAGCAAUGGUUGUACUCAACCAAAUGUCCUUCAGUCUGAAUUUGUAGCAACUUCAAAACUGGAAUCUCAAUUGGGAGAACUCUCCGGUGAAAGGCUGCCUAAAAUAUUGGAUUCAAGGGAUAAAAAAAGGAGUCGAUGUGCUUUUUGCCAGACUGCUGACUUGACAGACAUAACUGGGCCUAUGUUACAUUACGACAAGGGGAAGGAGGUGAAAGGACACAGAGCAACAAAAGCCAAUGUUAUACAUGUUCACAAGACAUGCAUUGAAUGGACACCUCAAGUUUAUUUUAUCGGUGAAACAAUUAAAAAAUUGAAGGAAGAGGUGGCAAGGGCUGCUAAGCUAAAAUGCAGCAGGUGUGGGCUAAGAGGAGCACCUCUUGGUUGCUUUGAAAAGUCAUGCCGCAAAAGUUAUCAUGUGCCUUGUGCGGUUAAAAUUGAUGAUUGCAGAUGGGACGUGGAGGACUUUCUGGUAUUGUGCCCAAGUCAUUCCUUUGUCAAAUUUCCUCGUGAAAAGGCCCAGUUGGGGAAGCAUGCCAGUGAAAAGCAAAAUUUUGUGGCAACUGAAAUAACCUCUAAACAGUCCAACUUUUGGGGGGACAAGGGAAUGAAGAAAUGGGUUUUUUGUGGAUCUGCUCUGUCUGCCGAAGAAAAGUAUCUUUUGGUCAAGUUUGCGGGCAUUUGUGGUGCGACUGUGACCAAGUUCUGGAAACCAAAUGUUACACAUGUGGUUGCUGCAACAGAUGCAAACGGUGCAUGCAGUAGGACAUUUAAAGUUCUCAAGGCAAUUUUGCACGGAAGAUGGAUCCUUAAGACUGACUGGAUAAAAGCAUGCAUGGAAGCUAUGCAUCCUGUGGAUGAAGAACCUUAUGAAGUUAGUCUUGACAAUCAUGGCCAUUGUGAUGGGCCAAAAACUGGCAGACUAAGAGCCUUGGGUAAUGUACCAAAGCUCUUCAAUGGCUUGGAUUUUUAUUUUAGCGGAGACUUUGAACCAGAUUACAAGGAAGACCUCCUAGAUUUGGUUAUUACUGCAGGAGGUACAGUAAAUGAAAUCAAGGAACAGUUAUUGGCACCAAGUCAUGAAGCCCAAGCAACUCCUUCAGUGUCUCUAGUUGUUUAUAACAAUGAAUGCAGACAGGAUGAUGAAGGUUCCAUUGUGUUCAAAAGACGAGGAGCGGCAGAAAAUUUGGCCCAUGAAAUUGGGUCCAAGGUCAUUGCGCACACAUGGCUAUUGGAGUCAAUGGCUGCACACGAGUUGCAGCCUCUUGCUUUCUGAUAAAGGAUUCUACUAUACAUAUUUUUUGGUUGUCAUUAGUGUCUAAUGACCAAGUUAAAUAUACACCGUUCUUACGAUGGAUUGUAAAGUCUAGACUGGGAUUACCAAUCUCAUAGAUGAAUAUUUCGGUUCGUUUUGUUUAGGGCCACCGAAUAUUUGUGCUACUUUCCAUGGAUUCAGAGUUACGUAAGAUGGAUUUUUGAUC